GUGGGAAAUGGAUCGCUGACAGCCGUCGGAUAAAAAAGCGGAAUGCUGAAAUCCCAAGUGGAGUGGAGAAUGAGUGAAAGAGUUACAGGCGUCGGUCUCUGGUGAUUCGCAAGUUUUUGAUGAUUCUGUUACAGGCGUUGGUUGCUUAGAAUUAUUAGUAUUAUCAAUAUCAGUAAGUAAUUAGGUUAAAAGAGGAGGGAAAAUGGAAUUGCAAAUGAAGGUGGCGCAGGCAGUUCACGUCCUGAAUCACGAUACAGAGUCGUGCAACCGCGUGGCAGCUAAUCAGUGGCUGGUUCAGUUUCAGCAGACUGACGCCGCUUGGGCCGUCGCCACCUCCAUCCUCACCUCCGAUUUUCACCAUUCUUUCGGCUCCAAUUACGAGGUCGAGUUCUUUGCUGCCCAGAUUCUUAAACGAAAGAUCCAAAAUGAUGGCAGUUACCUGCAGCCGGGAGCUAAAGAUGCUUUGCUAAAUGCCCUUCUUCUGGCUGCCAAAAGAUUUAGUUCAGGCCCUCACCAGCUUUUAACCCAAAUCUGCCUUGCACUCUCUGCACUUUUACUGCGCGCUGUUGAGCAUGGAAAACCUGUUGAGCAACUCUUUUAUAGCCUCCAGAAUCUGCAGACCCAGGUUGAUGGCAAUGUUGCUGUUAUGGAGAUGCUUACUGUUUUACCGGAAGAAGUUUUAGAUUCCCAAAAUACUGACUCGAAAAUAAGUUUAGCCGACAGAAGCCAGUAUGGUCAAGAGCUUCUCUCGCACACACCUACGGUUCUUGAGUUCCUAUUGCAACAAUCUGAGAAAAGGUUUGAUAGUGGUAUACAACAACAUGAAAGCAACAGAAAAAUUCUGCGUUGCUUACUAAGUUGGGUUCGAGCUGGGUGCUUCUCAGAGAUUCCCCAGGGAUUACUACCAGCACAUCCACUUCUUAACUUUGUCUUUAGUUCUUUGCAGGUGCCAUCUUCAUUUGAUCUGGCAAUUGAAGUUCUCAUUGAGCUUGUGAGUCGACAUGAGGGGCUACCCCAGGUUUUGUUAUGUAGGGUGCAUUUCAUUAAAGAAGUUCUACUUCUACCAGCUCUCAGUAAUGGAGACGAGAAAAUAGUAGGUGGUCUUGCGUGCUUAUUGUCAGAGAUUGGACAGGCUGCUCCAUCUCUGAUAGUAGAAGCAAGUGUUGAAGCCCUUGCACUGGCAGAUGCACUUUUAAGCUGUGUGACAUUUCCAAGUGAGGACUGGGAGAUAGCAGACUCAACUUUGCAAUUUUGGUCUGGGUUAGCAAGCUAUAUCCUUGGCCUUGAUGAGAACAGUACAAAUCAAAGGAAGCAAGUGGAAGACAUGUUUUUCCCUGUAUUUUCAGCACUACUUGAUGCACUUUUGUUACGUGCCCAGGUAGAUGAUUCUAUGUUCAAUGACGACCAAGGAACACCGGAGCUGCCUGAUGGCCUUGUCUAUUUUAGAACGAAUCUUGUUGAACUGUUGGUGGAUAUUUGUCAGCUUUUAAGAUCUGCUACAUUUGUACAGAAGCUUUUCUUUGGUGGUUGGGCCUCUGCAAAUGCACCAAUAGCUUGGAAGGAUGUGGAAACCAAGUUGUUUGCUCUUAAUGUGGUCGCUGAGGUAAUCCUACAGGAAGGCCAAAUCUUUGAUUUCUCGGUCAUUAUGCAGUUGGUGACGGUUUUGUCCACUAGGCCGUUGGAUGAACUGAAGGGCAUCAUGUGCAUUGUGCAUAGAUCUCUUGCAGAUGUUGUUGGCUCCUAUUCUAAGUGGAUCUCUGCUUUUCAAACAAAUGCUAGACCCUUACUGUUAUUUCUUGCUGCUGGAAUAUCAGAACCCUUGUCCUCGAGUUCUUGUGCAUCUGCAUUGCGUAAAGUUUGUGAAGAUGCUUCUGCAGUGAUGUAUGAACCUUCAAAUUUGGAGAUUUUGAUGUGGAUAGGAGAGGGUCUGGAGAAGAGUCAUUUACCUUUGGAAGAUGAGGAAGAAGUUGUUAGUGCAGUUAGUCUGAUCCUUGGUUCUAUUAAUAACAAAGAAUUAAAGAGCAACUUAUUGGCUAGAUUGCUUUCUUCUAGCUUUGAAGCUAUUGGGAAACUUGUUGAUAAUGAUAGCAGCCAUUGCCUAAGACAAAAUCCUGCUACCUAUACACAAAUUUCGAACUCUGGUGCAAGAGGGCUUUACAGGAUGGGAACUGUAUUCAGCCAUCUUGCAACAUCCGUGCAGAGUGUAUCUUCUGGAGAUGGUUGUAUGCUUGCGCUAUUGCAAGCGUUUUGGCCAAUGCUAGAGAAGCUUUUCAGGUCUGAGCACAUGGAGAAUGGUAAUUUAUCAACCGCAGCUUGCCGAGCACUUACCCAAGCAAUUCAGUCAUCAGGCGAACACUUCUUAAGGCUACUGCCUGAAGUACUAGAUUGCCUAUCAACAAAUUAUGUGUCCUUCCAAAGUCAUGAAUGCUACAUAAGAACUGGUAGGAUCUUUUAUAAUGCAGGAAAAUGAUGUGUUUUAUUAUUUUGGUAUACUUUGCU